UUUCGAAACAAAAGGCAAAAGCCAAAAGUGUCAGAAAACUGGAGAAAAAAUUAAAGCACGAAAGAUCUGCGGACAUAUUGGUUGCACAGGCAACGAAAAUGAAGCAGACAUGAAUCCCCAAAGCCAAAAUAGCUAAGCAGGAGAAAGCCCUUGGAGCGGAAACUCCUCAGAGGCGAAAAUGGAAGAAUCAAUGGUGAAACUUGAAGGAUCGGUAGCCGCGCCGAUGAUAUUCCUUAUUGUCGUCGCUGUUCAGUACCUCUCUCGCUAUGUCGAAAUCAAUAUGAGUAGAGUUUCUGUAAAUGCUGGGGAGUUGCAAUUGCGCACAGAAAUCAAACAGCUGCUAAAGGAGGCGAAUGCCAUGUCGCAGCCUUCAACAUUUGCACAAGCUGCCAAACUAAGGAGGAUGGCAGCAGCCAAGGAGCAGGAACUUUUAAAAAAUCAUGAAAAACUCAGAAAAGAAAUGAAAUCGUCAUAUGAUUCACACACAAAGACCCUGAUGAUCUUAAAGGUUUUAAUGUACUUGUUGCUGAUUAUAUGGUUUUGGCGUAUCCCUGUGGCUUCCAUACCUAAGCAGCUCGUGCAACCUUUUGGUAAGAUAUUGUCUUGGCAAGCUGGAGGUCAUGUGAAUGAAAACGUCAUGGUGGGAAUCAUUCCAUGGUUAAUAUUGUCCACUAGAGUCAGCAAACUUAUCUGCCGCAAAAUAUUCAAGUAGGAUAGGAGAGCAAAGUAAUUUGAAGCGAAGAAGCUACACAUCAAUUGAAAAGAACCAAGAUGCAUGGUCUGUCUACUGAUAUAUAUAUAUAUAUAUUUAUUUGCUUGCGAUUAACAUGCACUAUUUAUUUGUCUGGUGUUCAUUUAUCACCUAUCGAUUCUUGUCUUAUUUUUGAAAAGAUUAUUAGUGAGUAGUAAAGCAUAAAGUUUGUAUGGUAGUGCCAACAGUGCCAUUGCCACAGAAAGCAUAAGGCUGUUCACUCGAUUGAAUAUUGUCUAUUUAGGUUAUAUAUUGUUAGCAUUUCUGAUUUUGUUUCA